AUGGCGACUAAAAUUUUCAUAGAACUAUUAAUUAUAAUAUUAAACAAUGUUCAAUCAACUCAAGAUUUAUAUUCAUCCUUAUUAGUCAAUAGACUCUGGUGUAAAGUUACUAUACCUAUACUUUGGGAAUUAAUUUUGUGUCAAGACCUUGAUAAGAUGAAUUAUAAGAAGAUAAGGAAGAAUGCAUUAUUUAUUCGAACCUAUAUAUCAUGCAUGGAUAAUCAAUCGAGAACUUUACUUAUUCAAAAUGGAUUUGAUUUAUCAUCAUCACCACCUCAAGCUACUUUUGAUUAUCCAUCAUUCACUCAUGAAUUUAGAGUUGAAAAUUUCGCAUAUUUUAUUUCCGUCUAUUCACAAAAAAUUAUUGGUUCAGAUCAAUUACCGGGGGCCUCAAGAGUAUUUAAGAAAUUAGAAACGUUUGUUUCGGAGACGAAAAACGAUGACUUAAUCGGACCAUUAUACAAAUCAUUAGCAUUGAUUUGUGAUAAUAUUUUAAAUAUGGAUUUGGAAUUUAAGUCAGAAUCUCAAGUGCAAUUAUUAGAAAAACUUAUUAGUGCUCAAAAGCGGAUAGAAAAUCUAUCAAUUACUGAUAAUGGUUAUAUAAAUUCUAAUUCAUUAUUAUGGGUUAUCAUUAAUCAAAAAACAUUAAAGAGUCUUCGUUUGAAAUCAGUAAAUUUUAAUAAUUUUGUGGAAAAAUCAUCACCAAUUGAACAAUUUGCUUCACUUAAAGAACUUUAUAUUGAAGAAUGUGAUGGAUUACAUAAAUCGGAGUUCUUAAUUUUUGCUUCAUUAUUUACUCAAUUAAGUAGAUUUCAUUUGAAGAAUCUUUUUUAUACGUGUCCUCAAGAAUUUAUUAUAAAAAUUCUCGUAACGGCCGAUGCAAAUUUAAAAUAUAUUGGUCUUGAUUUAUAUCAAACAAUUCCAUCUGAUAUAUUUUCAACAAUUUUAAAUUAUUGUACGAAGAUUACGGAAUUAACUUUAUAUAAUUUAAGUUCUGAACAAGUAAUAUUAAUAUUUGACAAUAAUUUUAAUGAAUUAAGGAGGUUUUCAUUUGAAUGUGUAAAAAAAUUGGAUGCUAAUAAAUUAUUAUGUCAAAUGGCCGAAAACGUACCAGAAUCACUUGAAACUAUACGAAUUAAAAUGGGAAUAUUUAGUGCUGAUAGUUUAAGAAAAUUUUUUGAAGGAUGGUGUUGUAAAGGAAUGGGAGGAAAUAAAAAGAUGACUGUAAAACGUCCAGUAUUAAGUGAUGAACAUUUGAAAGUUAUUGAGGAAUAUGGAAUUCAAUUGAUAUAG